AUGGCGGCUCUCCAGGGCUCAGGGAUCCCGAGAGUUAAACUGGAAUCAGUCCCCGACCAAGCCAUUAAACCAGAACCCACGGAUGACACGCCUUCGCCUUACGUCGACGAGGAUGAUGAUAUAUACGAGGAUACUGGAGACCUCGACUUUUCUCGGUCGCAGCAACAAUUAUGGCUCAGUCAUAUCCCGCGAUCUCUCUGGGAUACGCUCUCAAAACUUCAAGAUGAUGACGAAAUUGAGAUUGGGACCAUCAGAGUGGAAGGCCCCGAAAACGAUCCGUCACGCGUCAGCCUAAUGCUCAAAUCCAUAUCUCAAUUUGAAAACGAGCCUAAAGAAUACAACCUAUUCCCUCCUUCUGCCGAGAAAUUGAGAAUUCGGAGACCGGGCCAGGUACUCGUCUUCUCAGAGAAGGAUUUGCCCGGCUACAAACCGCGAACAUUUGCCUGGGAUGAGAUCGAUGAAGACGGAAUUCCAGGACAAGGCAGGUCCUUCUUGUACGAAAGAUACAAACGAGAACAGAAGAAAAAGGAAAACAAAGGCCGCUUCACACCGUACACUCGGCGUCCGAUUCCGAAACAGACUGCUAUUGCCGGAACGGUGGCAAAGGAGUUUGAAGCCGUCCCGGUCAAGAACGAUGAGUAUUUUGUGCUGGAGAACAAGCAGGUAACUGAGAUGCUCAAGUUACCGGAACGAGAACAAGCUAUUUUCGCAACCGGUGAUCAAGAUCCCUCAAGAAAGCAUAUGCCAUUCAUGAGCAUGAGUGAUAAGGCGAAUGUUCUCAAGAAUGCUCAGGCCCGGCGGCAAGCCCAAAAAGAAACUCGUGCCGCGCGUGUCGAAAAACACGUCCUUAUCGAUAAGCUCAUGGAUCUAUUCCGGCAACACCGUAUAUGGGGAUUGCGUGAUCUCAAGGCCAAAGUCAACCAACCUGAAGCAUACCUACGGCAAACACUGGACGAGAUCGCCUUUAUGUGGAAGGCAGGCGAUUUCAAUGGCAAGUGGGAGCUUAAGGACGAGUACAAGAAUGAUGCUAUGCUGCUGAAUCCGUCCGGCGUUGUAGCGCCAAAGGUGGAGGACUCGGAUAUGGACAAGUCUGGCAUGGAUGAUGACGACGAUGAUGUUUUCGAGGACGUCGAGGCAUAA